UCCGGCUGAGCUGCCGGUGCUGCGUAGCCGCGGGGUCGCAGCUGCCCGGCGGUGAGCGACCCGGCACUCCCGGGCGCCUGCGGGCAUUGUCUCCGCCGCCGGCGUCCCUGGAGGCCAACGCCUGACCAUGAUCGACUCGGUGAAGCUGCGCCGCGACAGUGCGGCCGACUUCUUCUCGCACUAUGAAUACCUGUGCGCGCUGCAGGACUCGGUGCCGCUGCCCUCGGUGCGCUCUUGCCUGCGGGAGGGCGUGCUGGACUUCAAUGCCGACCGCCUGCGCCUCGUGGACUGGGCGCCGCUCCUGAGCACCCUCAAGAUUAAUAAAGAUCUGCCCCUAGUCUCUAUCAAGAGCUUCUUCCAGCCGUGGCUUGGCGAAACAGGUUCUGACAGAAGUAAAGUUUGCAGAAGUCGUGUUCCUGCGAUAAGAAACAAAGAUGUGACCUUCCAGUUAUGUAAAUCUCUCAAGUGCUGUUUAAGUAUAUCAAGUGCACUCAAGAAUCUGGAGCUGAACGGACUAGUGCUGCGCGAGAGAGAUUUGACUGCCUUGACAAAGGGAUUGAAUAAAUCCACCUCUCUGGUACACCUGUCUCUUGCAAACUGCCCAGUUGGAGACGGAGGUUUAGAAAUUAUUUGUCAAGGUAUAAAGAACUCUAUCACUCUUAAGACAGUAAACUUCACGGGGUGUAAUCUGACAUGGCAGGGAGCAGAUCACAUGGCCAAGAUCUUAAAGUAUCAGACCAUGAGAAGGCACGAAGAAAUCUGGGCCGAGAGUCUUCGUUACAGGAGGCCUGAUCUGGACUGUAUGGCUGGUCUGAGGCGCAUCACCUUGAACUGCAACACGCUCAUUGGUGACCUUGGCGCAAGUGCUUUUGCAGAAUCUCUCAGUGAGGAUUUAUGGCUUAGAGCACUUGACCUGCAGCAGUGUGGCCUCACCAAUGAAGGAGCAAAGGCUUUACUAAAGGCCCUCGAAACCAACAGAACUCUGGUCGUUCUGGAUAUAAGGAAAAAUCCACUCGUUGAUCAUUCUGUGAUGAAAGCAGUUAUCAAAAAAGUUCUCCAGAAUGGAAGGAGUGCCAAGUCAGAGUACCAGUGGAUAACUUCUCCAUCAGUGAAGGAACCAUUCAAAACUGCUAGACAGAAAAAGAGAACUAUAAUUCUGGGAAAUGGUCGGAAGGGGAAAGCUACUAUUAGAAUUGUAGGAUUGGCCACGAAGAAACCUGUAAGCAAUGGAAGAAAACACUCCCUUGGUAAAGAGUGUUACGCUCCUGAACCUCUACCUCCUGGCGUGUCUGGUUUCCUGCCGUGGCGCACAGCGGAACGUGCAAAAAGGAGCAGGGGUUUUCCAUUAAUCAAAACUCGUGAUGUAUAUAAUCAUUUGCAGCAAUCAGAUUUUCCGGUGACUGUGACAGUAGAGAGUCCUUCCUCCUCAGAAAUUGAAGAGGUCGACGACUCAUCCGAAAGUGUUCAAGAGCAGCCUGAGAAAACCAGUUUAAAACAAGAAGCAUUAGAGGAGAAACUGGAGGAGUGCCUAAAGCAGUUGAAGGAGGAAAGAGUAAUAAGAUUUAAGGCUGAUAAACGAGUCAGUGAGCUGGAACAUGAAAAUGCCCAGUUAAGAAAUAUAAACUUCUCUUUGUCUGAAGCCCUGCAUGCACAGUCCUUGACAAGCAUGAUCCUGGAUGAUGAAGGUGUUUUGGGCAGCAUUGAGAAUUCUUUUCAGAAGUUCCAUGCUUUCUUGGACCUCCUUAAAGAUGCCGGGCUUGGGCAGUUUGCCACAAUGGCUGGUAUAGAUCAGUCAGAUUUUCAUUUACUGGGUCGUCCCCAGAUGAAUUCUACUCUUAGUAGUCUGCCUAAGGAAGAAAAGAAGGCACUUGAAGAAGAAAAACCAGAAUCAAAGCAGAACCCUCUAGGACAGAUGCAAAAUAUCCAAGUUUCUAUUUGUAUGCAGUCAGCUUACAAUGAAGGAACACUAAUGAAGUUUCAGAAAAUUACAGGUGAUGCUAGAAUUCCUUUGCCUCUCGACUCCUUCCGUGUGCCCGUUUCCACGCAGGAGCCCUUAGAAACUUCUAGAGACAACCUGGAAGUCCCAGUCAAUGAACAGCAGCAGGACUCUAUCAAAGAAUUCAUUGCUAGAACAUGUUCUCCUUCAGCAGAUUUGAUGUCUGGAACUGGAAGCCAAAGAAAAGAAGAUGAAUUGUCUAGAAAUAACAGAUCUUCUUCAGAGAAAAUUACCAAAACAGGUGAAUAUACCAAAAAAUAUUGUGCUAAAAAACAGCCCAGAAAGGAUCUGCAUUCUUGCUCUGACUCACCUGUAAAUCAGAAUAGUAAAGGAAUCGGACAAAAUGAUUCUUUGGUUAAUGAACCAGUUAAGAGUGAGUCUUUGAAAAAACAUGUUUCUGGCAAGAAAGAAAGUAGAAUAGUGACUCUUUCAUCCAAGACGACUAAAAGUAAACUCAAUCUGUUAGAACACUCUGAAAGUGAUACUCUUGGAUCUGAUUUUGAAUUUCAAGAAAGCAUCCAUACUGUAUCACACCUGACAUAGAUCUAAGUCUUUUAAAAUUAUGUUUUUGCCUUCAAAUUUUAAUAA